AUGAGCAUCUCAAAGCGAACAAAUCGUAACGGUGGCAACUUACGCACUUCACCUCAGUGUUUCCCUCGUAUCGAAGUAACUGGGCCGCCAACUGACGGUAUAACAAGUGGACGAUCUUCCACUCUUACGAAAUCCCCUUCACCUCUACCUGGCCCCACUAGAGUGACUCUGGCACCUCCAAGGGACCCUCAUGUCUCAUCUGUACUUCCCUCUCAACAAUCUCAUCACUCUUCUUCUCCACAACCUCAAGGUACCCCUCCUCUGUGUAUUUCUCGAAGGGGGUCAGCUAUUGGAGGAUCUCAUUCAAUGACCGCUGGCUCAUCCUCAUUUAGGAAAAGGUCGGUGGUGGGAGGAAUCGGCCUGCGAUCUAGAACCCCAAGUAUUUAUCAAAGACAUGGAAGCAGAAGGAUGAGUACAAUGGACCAACUUCCAUUCGUCGUCAGAUGGAUCAUUGAUUCAGCAAUCCCGCCUUAUGGAUAUGACGAAAGUGCGCGCGAUCCAAGUCUGAAAAGAAAUCUAGAUAUGCGUCACCGAUAUCGAAAUAUAUCCGAUGCCACGCAAUCUGGCGAAAUUUCAGACUUUCAUACAUAUAGUCACGAUGCAUCGCAGUCUCGAAGUCCCGCAGUAUCGUUUAUUGAUGAUCCUUCAUCUCGGGGAUUCCUUCCAGAUCAACAUCGGCAUUCCCAGCCUAGCAAACAAGGACUUCAGAGAAUCUCCUCAGUUUCUUUGCCAGAUUUGGGAGAUUUAGACAAAAACAGUCAUGACGUACAUUUCAAUGUGUCUGCUGAUUCAGAUUCUAGACUCAGCCUUGGAUCUAAGAAUCUUGAUAGGGAAAUGGAAGUUCGAAUCGUUGACAAUGUAGAGGAAAGAGUAGUAAAAGCAGAUGCAGACAAGUCUUUGAAUGAGGGAGGAGACUGUGAAGAUGCGAAAUAUGCUGAUCCCUUUCUCAAGUGGGCCAAGAAAGGCAUGUGGCAUCAUCUCAUAUACACCCUCUGUCCAGUUGAUAUAUCUGAAUGGCAUGAAUUAUCCAUUCCAGUUAAACUCAUCCAAAUCAUCCAAGCUCCCAUCUUUCUUCUCUUCAGCUUGACUAUUCCUGUAGUAUAUGAGGAUCUUGAACCUAGUCACCAACCAGCUCGUGAUAGUGAAAUUCAAAUGUUCGGAGAUGGAAAUGAAGAAGGAGUUAUAAGUGAUGUAAUUUUACCGACCUUUUCUGGGGACACAGAAUUAGCUGGUAAUGCAGGUGUAUCACAUAAUCAUGCAUCUCAAAUCACUGCUGAGUUAAAUGAUGAAAGUAGAUCCUAUAUUGAUUUAUCUUCAGUGGAUAUUGAUGAUCUGCAUGGCUGGUGUCGACUCCUCAAUUGCUUCCAGUGCUUAAUUACUCCGAUGCUCUGGGUGCUCCUUAUCACAGUUGGAGGUAUGCCACUGGGCUUGUACAAAAUUGGAAAUUCAAAUCUCCCAGUGGUGGUAAUAGUUCUAUUAAUAUCCUCCAGUUUGGCAAUCACCAUUUUCGUAACUUCGAGAUGGGAUCGUGCACCUGUACCCUAUCACCGACCCUUCUUUGCUAUUCUGGGAUUUCUCACCUCAAUUGUUUGGAUCUACGCAAUUGCGCAUGAACUUGUGAACUCACUCGAAGCCCUUGGAAUAGUCUGGGAGAUAAGUGAGGCCAUUCUUGGCAUUACUGUCAUGGCCUUUGCUAAUUCCAUUAGCGACCUAAUGUCCAAUUCAUUAUUGGCACACAAUGGUUAUCCCCGAAUCGCCUUUGCCGCUUGCAUUGGCUCACCACUUUUCAACCUACUUGUAGGCGCUGGCGCCUCGUACACCAUAAAAUUAGCUCGUUCAGGUGACCACAAGGCCGAUAUGUCCUUCACUCUUACCCAUGCUCUCCUAUUUUCCUUCUUAAUUGGGGUCUUAAUGAUGAAUCUUAUUGUUGCUUUCGCCACAAGAUUCCAGAUGCGCCGAAGUUACGGCAUUGUUCUACUAACAACAUAUGCUAUUUUUAUGGUUCUGGCUAUUUUAGUAGAAGCUGAUGUAAUUGUGCCUCCGAAGGAGUGGAACUUGCUCACAGGAACUGAGUAG